CCUGCUGCUAGUCUGGCACAGUGGGUUUGGCAGCGCGCAGGAAAGGAGGACGCACUUUACGCACGAGUCCUGCUCGCGAUUGUAAGCGUUUGGAGAACUGUGAUAGCAGAGAGGAGAAGCUUGUUCUCAUGGUGGGUCCUUCAUCUGGCCGUCGAGGAGAGCGCGGUGAAGUGCUGGCCUGUUGAAUGUCACCUCCUGUCACCAUGGAUUACGGACGGACCGCGGCUCCUCCGGUGCCCCCACACAACCCCGUCUCCGCCCGGCAGGGGCAGGCGCAGGAGCGGCUGCUGAAGUGCAUCCUGCUCGGAGACGGAGCGGUGGGCAAAACGAGCCUGGUGGUCAGCUAUACGACAAACGGCUACCCAACCAAAUAUGUCCCCACUGCGUUUGAUGACUUCUCAGCUGUGGUUCAGGUGGAUGGAAACCCGGUGAGACUGCAGUUGUGCGACACCGCAGGACAGGAUGAGUUUGACAAACUCCGCCACUUCUGCUACAGCCGGACUGACGCCCUGCUGCUCUGCUUCAGCGUGGUCAGCCCCGCCUCCUUUCAGAACGUCUGGGAGAAGUGGGUCCCGGAGAUCCGCCGCCGCUGCCCCCUCACGCCCAUCCUCCUCGUUGGCACACAGUGCGACCUGCGGCAGGAUGUCAAAGUGCUGAUCGAGCUUGCGAGGCGGAGGGAGAGGCCGGUGCCGGAGGAAGACGCCAGGGCGCUGUCGGAAAAAAUCGGGGCCGUGACGUACAUCGAGUGCUCGGCGCUGACGCAGAAGAAUCUGAAGGAGGUGUUUGACGCGGCCAUCGCUGUGGGGCUGCGGCACUCUGACAGGAGAGCCAGGCGGGAGAGGAAAGUCCGCAGCACGGCCGACAAGAUGAAAAUGCUCUCCAAGUCCUGGUGGAAGAAAUAUGUGUGCGUCCAGUAAGGAGGGAGGAGACGAUCCCCCUGUGACUGAUGCUAAGACUGGAACUGCUGACUUAUUGGCAGGGACUGAGCCGGAUGUGAGGACUGCAUUUGCGUUCACCUGGACCACCCCAGAUGUGGCGGCCAGAAUGACUUUAAUUCAGUGGAGCAAUAGCUCAGCAGAGGCUUAGUGUGUCUGCCUGGGCUGCAGGCUUGUUCCAGGUUUGGGAUAUUUUCAGUUUGACCAGACUUUGACCCUUUGUUGAUGCCUGAAAGACAGAAAGCAUAAGGCUGUAACCACUGUCCGCUCCUCAGAGCCAGUCUGAACUGUCUGAAAUAUGACUGUAACCAGCAUUCAACCAAAAAUUAUGGAGCUAAUAAAGUUUUAUGGCACAUGGACUGCAUAUCAUACUGGACGCGUCCAAAGGAAAUGUGAGCUGACUCGGUGGGGAGGUGCUCAGACGGUGAUGAUAUCUACUCAAAGUAUACUCCUCGUACGUUUCUGAUUUGAUACCCUUCUUUAACAAAGUGUAUUAUUUUAUGUGUUCUACACUGUAAUUCAGCCCCCAACACUUCUGAUGGAUCCUUUUCAUUUCACUGAAAUCAGACCAAGAGGCGCACCUUGUUUCCUAGAUCAGAACUUUGUAAACUCAUUCUCUUUUGGAUUACAAUCACGUGUAAAUGAGUAUAAAUUCUGUUUAAAUCUGAGUUUUUGGGGGGUUGUGAAUCUGUGGUUUGAACAUGUUGUAGCCCAGCCAUCCAGUUCUGUACAGCUGCAAGCUCGUGUACACCACCAUGUGUCUGUGCCACAUUCUGAAGUGUUGAUACAGCUGUCACGCUGUUAGAGGUCUGCGAGCUCCUCACCAGCACACACCUACUACAUCAGACUGAUGCCACAAAACAUGAACAGAGUACACCGAACGCCUGUUGAUGCUGAUCACCCAACCGGUCUUGGAUAACACAAGCCUGCUGUUGGUUUUAGAAAAGUUUCAGCUGUGUUAAGUGUUGAAAAAAAUAAAAGCCAGUUGAAUUGUACUGUUACAAGGUUGCAGCAAUAAGCUGGGUGGUGCCACUGUACAUUGCACUUAUCACACACAGUCUAAACACAUCGCUGACGUCUUGCCAUGCAAUGGCCUUUGGACCAGUGGCGUGAAUUAGAUAUAGAGCAGGCAAACGCAGAUGUAGGUUUACUCAGAGUGGCUGAAACCAAAGUGGCUGCUCUGCAUGCUCCCUGCACCGCCCACUGGUUUGGAUGAUCACAGGGUCUUUCUUUGUCAUUGUAGUCAGGGCCUUAAACAGAUAAUUACCCGUCUUUGUCAGUCGGUAUAUUGGAGCUCUCUCCUCUGUUGAAAUGAUAACAGUAAAUGAGGUGAAAUCAUCAAAGAGACUGAUUCUAUGUUUGCUUCUUAUUUUUCAGAAGCCUGCCAUUCAGCUCUGUCUAUUUAUCUGUUCCUUCUGGGCCAAUGACUGAUCAACAGCAAAACAGAGCAGAUGUAUGAAAUAUUGUAUGUCAUUAUGUAUGUUACAUAGUAAUCAUUUAUGAUGUUUGUAAUGUCAUUGGGAUAAAUCUGUGCGUGCAUAUGGAAGAGACUCAAGUCAUUGGCUUCGGUGUCCAACUCUAAAUGGUACUUAACAGUAUGAGUGUUUCAGAGCAGUUUGUUGAGCUGUAUGAGCGGAACAAAAUAAAUGUGAAAUAUUUAACCAGUU